AGUCCUUAUAAAAGUAGAAGUUUUGUCUCAAGUCUUGUAUCAUCCCUCCAACCACACCAUGAAGAGAGCUGCUUCAUUUCUACUCCUGAUGUGUCUCUUGGCCAAUGGACAAGAGUUACGCUGGGAGAACACCUACGAUGAGCCUCUUGAUUUUAAGUGCCCCUCAGGACAGUCAAUAUCCUACAUAAAAAGCCAACAUCACAAUCAUCACGAGGACCGAGUGUGGGAAUUCGGCUGUAAAGACACCUUUGACUCUACUUCAGACUGUUUCUUGUCACCUAAUGUCAAUGAUUUUGACCAGAAAUUCACCUUUGAGUGUCCGCCUCACCACAUCAUUACAGGAAUGAGCAGCUAUCACAACAACAAGCAUGAGGACAGACGGUGGCAGUUUAACUGCUGUAGAAGUAACAACCAAUGUACUGCUGACUGUGAGUGGACUCCUUUUGUGAACAACUUUGAUGAGUAUUUCCACUGGACAGUGCCAAACCAUAACUACCUGGUGGGUGCUGAAAGCUACCAUGAAAACAAACACGAAGACCGGCGCUGGAAGUACAAGUAUUGCACCAAAGUGCAAUGCUGAGACUCUCACAAAUUCCCCCAAG